AUGGCAGCGGACGCGGCGGCGGCUGGAGGAGGAGGAAGCAGCCGCGGAGGUCGCAGGCCGGCCCUGCUGACGCCCGGCGGGAACGGGGACCGCACCGUUUUUCUUUUCGAUCGGCGGCGGGAACAGGCGGAUCGGGAGGAGAAAGUGCUGAGCUACGGCACGGACAACUACCGCGCCUUCCGCAGCGCCGUCUGCCAGACCUUUGGCAUAGCUGAUGAGGAAGCUUUUGUUAUCACCACAACCAACAGGAAGGAAAUUACAGAAGACAACUUCAGUGAGGCGGUGCAGGAUGGGGUGACGCUGUACCUGCUGCAGAGCGUGGACCAGACGCUGCUGUUGGCCACCAAGGAGCGCAUCGACUUCCUGCCGCACUACGACACGCUGGUGAAGAGCGGCAUGUACGAGUACUACGCCAGCGAGGGGCACAACCCCCUGCCCUUCGCCCUGGCUGAGCUGAUCGACAACUCCCUGUCGGCCACCUGCCGCAACGCUGGCGUCAGGAGCAUCCAGAUCAAGCUGCUCUUUGAUGAGUCCCAAGGGAAGCCGGCAGUGGCUGUGAUGGACAACGGAAGAGGCAUGACUUCGAAGCAGCUCAACAACUGGGCUGUGUACAGACUGUCCAAGUUCACCAGGCAGGGGGACUUCGAGAGUGACCACUCCGGCUAUGUGCGCCCUGUGCCGGUGCCACGCAGCCUCAACAGCGACAUCUCCUACUUCGGGGUUGGAGGCAAGCAGGCAGUGUUCUUCGUGGGGCAGUCUGCCAGGAUGAUCAGCAAGCCUGCAGAGUCUCAGGAUGUCCAUGAGCUUGUCCUGUCCAAAGAGGACUUUGAGAAGAAGGAGAAGAACAGAGAAUCAAUCUACAGUGGCUACAUCCGAAACAGAAAGCCCUCUGACUCUUCUCACAUCACGAGCGAUGACGAAAGAUUUCUCCAUAACCUGAUCCUAGAAGAGAAGGACAAAGAGAGCUUCACAGCAGUUGUCAUCACAGGGGUCCAGCCAGACCACAUGCAGUACCUGAAGAACUACUUCCACCUCUGGACACGGCAGCUGGCCCACAUCUACCACUACUACAUCCAUGGGCCCAAGGGCAAUGAGACCAGCACUGCCACCAAGGACAUCAGCCCCUUCAACAACAUUGACAUUCAGAUCUCCAUGUUUGAGAAGGGCAAGGUGCCCAAGCUGGUGAACCUGCGGGAGAUCAAGGACGACAUGCAGACCCUCUACAUCAACACAGCUGCAGACAGCUUCGAGUUCAAGGCGCAGGUGGAAGGGGAGGGCAUCGUGGAGGGCAUCAUCCGCUACCACCCCUUCCUCUACGACAGGGAGACCUACCCUGAUGAUCCCUGCUUCCCUUCCAAGCCAGGGGAGGAGGAUGAUGACGAGGACUGCUUCAUAAUCCAGAAGGGGGCCCGAGGAAAGAGACCUAUCUUUGAGUGCUUCUGGAAUGGGAGAUUGAUCCCCUACACCACUGUGGAAGACUUCGAGUGGUGUGCCCCCCCGAAGAAGAGGGGCCUGACCCCCAUCGAGUGCUACAACAGGAUCUCUGGGGCCCUCUUCACCAAUGACAAGUUCCAGGUCAGCACCAACAAGCUCACCUUCAUGGACCUGGAGCUGAAGCUGAAGGACAAGAACACUCUCUUCACCAGGAUCUUCAAUGGCCAGGAGCAGCGGAUGAAGAUCGACAGGGAGUUUGCUCUCUGGCUGAAGGACUGCCACGAGAAGUAUGACAAGCAGAUCAAGUUCACCAUCUUCAAGGGAGUCACCCCACGCACUGAUCUGCCCUCCAAGAGGAUGCAGAGCCCCUGGACAGUCUAUGGGGCCAUAGAAUGGGAUGGCAGAACCUUCAAAACCGGGCAGCUGGUGAAGACAGUGAAGACUCUGCCAAUAUUCUAUGGAACCAUUGAAAAAUUCUUCCUGUAUGGCCACCACGACGGAGACAUUUUUGCCACGGGAGGAGAGGUUCAGAUUGCUUUGGAGCCUCAGGCCUUGUAUGCUGAGAUGAAGACCAUCCCCAUCUCCAAACUGGACAGGACCAUGUGUGACAGUGCCAUCAAGAAGUACAUUGAGGAUGAGAUGGCAAGGCUCCCUGACAAGCUGUCAGUGACGUGGCCUGAAGGAGAUGAGCUGCUACCAAAUGACACCAGAUUUGCUGGCACACCAAUAGGAGCACUGAGAAUAGAAAUUCUCAACAAGAAAGGAGAAGCAAUGCAAAAGCUUCCAGGGACGAGCCAUGGAGGGUCAAAGAAACUUCUUGUGGAGCUGAAGGUUAUCUUACACUCACCCACUGGGAACAAGGAGAUCAUCUCCCACAUCAGCCAGCACGGGGGCAAGUGGCCCUACUGGUUUAAAAAGAUGGAGAACCUGCAGAAGCUUGGCAACUACACCCUGAAGCUGCAGGUGGUGCUGAACGAGAGCAACGCUGACACCUACGCAGGCAGACCCCUGCCCUCCAAGGCCUUCAGGUUCACCAUCAUAGAGGGCAAAGCAGAGAAGUUUUCUGUCGGCCUCUUGGACCUGCCCUUUCGGGUUGGGGUCCCCUUCAAUAUCCCUCUGGAGCUGCAGGAUGAGUUUGGCCAUGCCACACAGCUGUCCCCUGACCUUAAGCCAGUUCUUGAAGUCAGUGGGCUGACCUUGCAGUACCGAGAAGUGACCACAGGAACCAAGAGCAUGAUCAAAGGUGUCACUGUCAGAGGCUCUAUAAACAGCUGCCAGGGCAAGAACUUCAACCUGAAGAUUACUCUGCCUGGGCUGAAAGAAGACACCCAGACCCUUAAGAUCAGAGUGCAGCCUGGUCCUCCCCACCAGCUGAGGGUGAAGCCUGUGUCCGAGGUGCUGAAGAUCGAGAACGGCACAGCCUUCCCCUUCCAGGUGGAGGUGGUGGAUGAGUCAGGCAAUAUCACAGCCCAGCCCAAGCUGAUCGUCCACUGCAAGUUCCUAGGCACCUCCAACCUGCCAGUGUACUCCGUGGACUGCAGCAAUGGGGGGACCAACAUCCUCACAGGCCCUGUCAUCCAGGUGCAGAACAUCAAGAAGGACAAGAUCGUGAAAGCCAGGAUUGAGAUACUUAACUGUAAGGAGGUGCCAGCAGUGGAGAAGAUCAUCAGACUGCUCCCCAGCAGCCACGUGGCCAGGCUGCAGAUCCUGAGCAUGGAUGGGCAGAAGGCCAUCCAGAUCAAGCACCAGGAUGAGAUCAACUGGGUUGCUGGGGACGUGAUGCACAACCUGAUCUUUCAGAUGUAUGAUGAGGGGGAAAGGGAGAUCCACCUGACUCCAGCCAUGGCAGAGAAGAUCAAGGUGAACUGGACCCCUAAAAUCAACAAGGAGCAGCUGAUGCAGGGCCUGCUGCCCGACGUGAAGGUGCCCACCUCAGUCAAGGACGUUCGCUACUGCCUGAUCACCUACCUGGACGACCACGUCUCCCUGGAGAGUGCCUUCACAGUCAGACCCAUUGCUGAUGAGCCCAAGCACAUCAAAUGUAAGUUAAAAGGACCAAACACACUGCAGCUGGGUGAGGAGCUGCCAGGAGAAGUUGACAUCAUGAUCACAGAUCAGUAUGGAAACCAGGUCCAGACAGUGACAUCUUCAUGCAUCAACUCCCUGGGGGUUUCUGCACCUGGGCUGGAUAAAUCCAACCUGAAGAUCACUUGGCAGGGCAGCUCUCUCAUCAUGCGGGUCAAGGGCAUCCGGUUCAGCAGCUGCCAGCUGGGCACCAAGGAGCUCUGCUUUGCCUGGAGAGAGUUCUCUGACUUCAUCAGGGUCACCCUGACUGCAGGCCCCCCUGCCAGGCUGCAGUUGCUGGACUGGCCAGAGUUGGAGAAGCCUCUGGCGGUGAUCAACGGCAGGCAGCUGCAGAAGGCCCUCCAGGUGCAGAUGUGUGACCAGUGGGGGAACCCAACUCCUGAAGCCAACGUCAGGAUCGGCCUCACCAAGAGCAGCCACCUCAAGAUUGGCCUCUCCAACCAGCAGCUAAAGACUGACGACAGCGGCAGGGCCAACCUGGGGGUGUUCAGCAUCCACGCACCCAGGGGGGAGCACACCUUACAGGUGAGAGCCUUCCACUACAAAGCCACCUUAGAUGCUCCUCUCAUCACCUUGAACGUCCUGCCUGACCCUGAGAAACCUGUCUGUCUGAAGGUCAAAUAUGACAAAGAUGCUUCCUUCCCAGCAGGAGGAACCUUCCCUGACUUCAUGGUCAGUGUGCUGUCUGAGGAUGAGAACAUCAUCAAGAACAUCAGCUCAGCCCGGGUCACCAUGAGCAUGUGGGAAGCACAGAGCCCUGGGGCUAAGGCACCCACUGCAGUGACAACAUUCAGCUGCAGCAAGGUGAAGGAGGACAAGGAAGAUGGCAUCUUCUACUUCAGGGAUAAAAUGAUUCCAGAGAGAGUUGGCACUUACUGCAUCCAGUUUACCUUUGCAGUGGACAAGCUGAAUACCCUCAGGAGUGAGCAGAUCCUGGUGGAAGCUGUGCCCAACGCCCCUGUCCGCCUGGCCCCCGACUCCUUGCCAGCCACCCCGGCCGUGUCCAACGUCCAUGCCCUGGCCAGCCGCACCCUGGUCAAGGACCUGCAGCUCCACGUGAUGGAUCAGUACAACAACCACGCUGGCACUGAGCUGGGGGGCAGAGUCCUGGCCAAGAUCAAGAGCCCUGUUGAGGAGGACAUUGAGGUGCCCCAGUUCCAGGGCAAGGUGGAAUUCCCCCUGGACAAGGGCUCAGCUUGCAUUAACCUGGUGCUGGCUGAGAACAGCCCUGGAAGGGACAGCACUGAGUAUGUCCUUGUGUUUGAGCCAGAAGUGCCAGCUCUGAAGAAGCCUCUGGAGCCCUACCACCUGUCCUUCAUGUUCUACAAUGAUUUCAAGAAGCAGCAGCAGAUGGCAACACUCACAAAGGAGAGGGACCAGUUAUCCCAGUCCAUAGGUGUCUACAGGAACUGGUUUGAGACCAACAGUCAGCUUGUAAAUGAACUCAAAUGUCAGGUUAAAGAGGCUGAAACAAGAGAAACUCACCUGAAAAACGAGCUGAGGAAACACCAGAUUGAAGUGCCACAGACAAACACACUCCAGUAUGUGGAUUCUCUGAUCAAACAAAAGCUGUUGGACCAAGAGGGAGUGAGGAAGCAGCCCAGGAGAACCUGCACCCUCCCAAACUAUCCAAAAGGCAACCCAGAUGUCCUAGGCAAGAUCGCACACCUGGCCCAGAUCGAGGACAACGAGGCGGCCAAGGUCAUCUCCUGGCACCUGGCCAGCGACAUGGACUGCGUGGUGACGCUGAGCACCCAGGCCGCCCGCGCCAUCUUCGACGAGACCCAGGGCCGCCAGCAGGUCCUGCCCCUCGACUCCAUCUACAAGAAGACUCUGCCAGACUGGAACAGGCCCCUGCCCCACCUGCGGAAUGGGAAGAUCUGCUUCAAGCCCGUGGGCAACCCUGUGUUUGCCAGAGACCUGCUGAGCUUCCCUGACAGUGUGGAGCACUGCCAGACAGUGUUUGGGAUGCUCCUGGGUGACACCAUCAUCAUAGACAACCUGGAUGCUGCCAACCACUACAGGAAGGAGGUGGUGAAGCUGACACACUGCCCCACGCUGCUGACCCGGGAGGGCGACCGCAUCCGCAGCAACGGCAAGUUCGGGGGCCUGCAGAACAAGGCUCCCCCCAUGGACAAGCUGCGGGGAAUGGUCUUUGGAGCCCCCAUCCCCAAGCUCUACUCGGCCUUCUCAGCACAGAUAGACCUUCUUCAGCAAUACCGAGCAGCAGUGGUCAAGCUGGACCAUGUCAACAAGGACCUGGACUUGCAUCUGCAGUCCCUGCAGACUCCAGAAGCACAGAAGAAAAAGCAGGAGCUUGCUGAGCAGGAGAAGAGCCUCAAGCUCAUAGAACAGAAACUGGGCAUGACCUCCUCAGAGCGCGUCUCAGGGUCCCUGCUGCAGCCUAUCCCACUGGAGAUGUCCAACAGCCCCAGCCCUGCCAAGAGGAUGAGGAGAGAGACCUCCAAGAAGCUCUAUGGCUCUGAGGAAUGGAUCUCCUCUGCCUCCAAGAAGCAGCCCCAGGUGCUGCCGCUGUGUGCCACGGAGCUCAAUGGGACGCGCAAGAGGAAGGCCUAGAGCCCAGCUGCAGGAGGUGGCUUCUGCCCUGCCAGGCAGUCUGUGCUGCUGGGAGCCAGC